GGCAUGAGGGGAGUUGAAGCAGAGCCUCGGGACGCAGCGAUGUUGUGGGCUAGAUCGUGAAAUUUACCUUGGAAGGUUUAUGGUGUGUCGUGUUGAAGUUGAGCAGUGGCACUGUUCGUAAUUCCUAUAGCAUCCCUUUGAAUUGCUGAGCAUGUUCGCAUAAAUUCUAUCUUUUAGCUAAGUCAAGCAUUAGCUUUGAUGUCAGGAGGGAUUUGGGGUUAAGGUGUGGCUUUCGGAAAAAGGCGAUUUACAUAUGCCAUACCAGUACUUUAAUGAUUUCUAAAGGUUGUUCAUAGUUUUGGCUUGGAUUUGAUGCGCGUGUCAUCGGUAGGAUGGGAUGAGAUAUUUAAAUCCAGGAAGCGAUAGAUCACACAACGGAACAUCUAACGUUAAUCGCCCUGAAAAUGUUAGAAAUCGAAUCCCGAUGACGGGUUUAACGUUCGUUGUAACUUUUAGCAAGUCUGAGCACUUUGUAACCGAAUUUAAUCUGUUAAAUUUCAUUGGAAGAGAUCGCGACGUGGUCUGGGAAAGCGCAUAGUUCAGAGUUGAGCCGUAACGUUACAGGGCGUGAGCCGUUUUUUAUUAGACAGUCUGUAGGACUAUGAGGGAGGAACUCGUCGAUCAAAUUAAUUAUGUUAAACAUAUGUUAGAUGAUAUCUGGAAGUGUCACCGGUUACAGUCAAAGACAUGCGAGUCGAUCCUGAAGACAGAAAUCGAGCAUUCUACCAGUUGAAGCAGUCUAACAUCUGGAGAGAAGACCUCGGUAUGUCAUUGAAUGGAUUUCGUCUUUGAUCUUCUUGCUGCUGAAGGUGUGUCUGCUUUGCAGGCCCAGGCAGCUCUUCUCUGCUUCACUUUAUCCAAACAGACACCCUCCUGCUGGAGCAUACAGGUAUUACACAUACUCUCACUUCAUUGCAGAUGUUUAUUAUUAGUGGGAAUGAGUCAGUUGUAUUGAUCUAAGAAUAACAGAGCAAUAUACAGUCUAAGGUCUCAUAAUUCCUAGCCCUCUCAGUCUUGUUGCAGAAUCAUAAUGCUCCAGCCCUGUCUAAACAUUUUAAGGUUGGGUCCAAUACAUGCCGUGCAAAAGGAUGUCCGCACGUGUUGGCCAGUGACUCAGUGGGGGUGGAGAACAUGUCAUGUCCAAUGUAAAGCAACACUGACGCAGGUUCACUAAACCACGGGUUAUUGAAGCAAGUCUUUGCUCCUCGCACGUGUCCUGCUGCCUGAAAGCAGAACACAGGACUUGUGAAAAGCCAUAGAAACAAGCUCCUGAAGAGGACCGACUGUCUCGGAAACCACUUCCUCUCCCCGUACAGGAAGUGUCCGACAGUUUCAUGUAGCAUCAGAUUAGCACAUUAUGAAGAGGCUGGGAGAGAGGAACAGCUAGACUGCAUGACGCACACACACACACGGAUACACAUGUAGGACACAUCAAGUUGGCUUAACGCUGACAAACCAGUGACACAAGCACCUGUCUACACCUGUCAUAAGCUUUCUCAUCUUUCAUGAAUACCAGAUCGCAGCUUAAUUCUGCACCCAGCAGUGAGUGUCACAUUACAUGAGCAGAUCAUUGAUGCUUUUCAUUAUUCAGGUUUUCAUUGUAGCAUCAUUUCGAUGAUGCACACGGCGCUCUCCAGGCAGGCACACACGAGCGGCGCAGCACGCGUGGGUGAACUGACGCAGUCUCCAUGACUCACUCUGACACCAAACCUCACUUACAGCAUCAUUACUCUUCUUUUGCGUUCGUGGCAGAAGCUUCGAGAGCCUCUUCUGGCUGAAGAUGGAUGUAGUGUGAAAAUGCUGAGGAAAGCCCUUCUGUGGAUGAGAAUGACAUGAGAGGGUGGGGCUGAGCCUAAUCCUGUUAUUCCAGCCUUCUUAAUCCAGAAGAGCUAGUCAGAUUUUACAGCUUUUUCACCACCUGCUGUGACAACGAACACUCUAACAUAAACUUCUCAUACACGUAUACAUCUGCAAAAGCAAACAUACACUGGACAUCAUGGAGGACAGCAUGAUGCUAGGGGUUGAAGGGAUCAGGAAGACCAUCUUGCAUGGAGGGACGGAUAAAAUGCCCAGAUUUAUCACAGGAACUAAGGUGACCUUCCAUUUCCGAACCCAGCUCUGCAAUGAUGAGCACACAGUCAAAGAUGACAGUAAGAAGGUAGGUACACCUAUGGAAGUGGUCAUCGGGAACAUGUUUAAACUAGAUGUCUGGGAAAUUCUGCUGACGUCCAUGCGCAUUGGGGAGGUGGCCAAGUUCUGGUGUGAUGUCAUGCACACAGGGUUGUAUCCCAUAGUGGCAAAGAGUCUGCGGCGCAUUGCAGAUGGGAAGGAUCCAGUGGACUGGCAUAUUCAUACCUGCGGCAUGGCCAAUAUGUUUGCAUAUCACAGUUUGGGCUAUGAAGAUCUGGAUGAACUUCAGAAGGAACCACAGCCUCUCUACUUAGUAAUGGAACUUCUAAAGGUACAACAGCCCAGUGAAUAUGACAGAGAGUCAUGGGCUCUGAAUGAUGAAGAGCGACUUAAGGCAGUACCUGUGCUUCACGGUCAAGGGAACAAGCUUUUCAAACAGGGCCGUUUCGAGGAUGCCACAAUGAAAUAUAAGGAAGCCAUCGUGUGCAUCAAGAACGUGCAGUCAAAGGAGAAGGCAUGGGAAGCUCCCUGGCUUAAACUGGAGAAGAUGGCCAACACACUCACUUUAAACUACUGCCAGUGUCUGCUGCGCAUGGAGGAGUACUAUGAGGUCAUCGAACAAACAUCUGACAUCAUCAACCAACACCCCGGGACAAUGAAAGCCUUCUAUCUGCGUGGUAAAGCGCACAUGGAAGUGUGGAAUGAAGCAGAAGCAAGAGCUGAUUUCACGAGAGUGCUGGAUCUGGAUCCGGGAAUGAAAAAGACGGUCAAGAAAGAGCUAUCAGUUCUCAAAAUGCGUAUGGACUUAAAAAACGAGGAGGACAGAUUGACGUACAAGGGGAUGUUCACAAAACUAUCAGAAGCACAAGAGACGCAAGAGCUUCCAGACCAAGAGAUUCUGGAGCAACCAUUUCCAGAACAAGACGGAACACCUCUGGAAGAACCAUAUGAAGAACAAACCAAUCUAGAACAAGCAGGUUUAUUGCAAACAACUCCAGCAAAAAUGCUUUUGGAAACUUCAGAGCAAAUGGAUUCAGCACGACCAGCUGACAUGACUCCAGAAAAUGUGAUUCCAGAAGAAACUAGCUGAGAACAAGCUACCACAGAAGAAAGAAAUGCUGUAGACAUGAUUCUGGAGCAAUCGACUUCUGAACAAACAUCUCCAGAGAAAAUUAGUCCAGAACAAGCAGCGCAAGAACCAAUGUCUUCAGAACAAAUGACUCUAAAUUAAAGUAUUUAAAACAUAUUUUGGAUUUCUUUCUCUAGAAAAAAACGAGGCUUUAGGAUACGAACCCAUUUAAACCCUGAUGACCUUAUUUAUUUAAUGCUAUCUAUUAUAAUGUAAGAUUUAAAGGAUUGUCAUUGUAGUCUUGCCAAAUCAUCCAAUAAAAACAGUAUUUCUUCAAACGACACGAAGAGAUAGCAAAUAGUAAUUAUUCCUUUGUUUUAUUUCACAAAUGUGAGCGUAGUGGUUAUAUUAAGGACAAGUCUUUAUUAGAAAGACUGGCUGAUGGAAAGAUACAUAAAUCCACCAUUUCUUGUGGACAUCAUAGGCAUUAAAGUGUUUUUAUGUUGCAUAGUCAUGUACAUUUACAUUUAUUAAUUUGGCAGACGCUUUUAUUCAAAGCGACUUACAAGUAGGAGAGCAUAUAAACAUUUGGUCCACACGCUAAACAGUACCAUUAGUUUACAAGGCCAUGCUACUAGGAGGAUUAAAGCUGGAGUAAGCAAAGGAGAGAAUGAACAAAAAGAUUUUUUUUUGACAGACAGACAGACACUUGGUUAGUCAAAUAAAUGCGGAACAGGUUUUGAGCUGUUUUUUUGAAACUUGUGAAGGAUGCUGCAGUUCGGAUGGAGGCUGGUAGUUCAUUCCACCAAAGAGGAACCGAAUAAGUAAAACAAACAAACAAAGUCUUGAUAGUGCUACAGUCACACAGUUUCUCUUCUUGGAUCUAAAAUAGUUUUCUGAUAGUUGACUCAGCAUAUUAAACUGGGAAAAUAUUUUUAAAUCUAAAAAGAUUACACACAUUUUCACUCUUCAGAGUGCUGAAAACACAAACACACGGCAUGUGUGUGUUAUCAGGGCAGAAUGAAUAACGCUGUGGGCUUUUGAAAUCUUGCAAUGAGAUCUGUUGAGAAACACAAGAGAGCCCCAGACCGGAUCAAUGCCAUUGCAUCAUAUGAUAUUGCUUUAAGAGGAUUCCCCUGUGAUACCAUGCACAUCUUGCCAACACAUUCACAUACUCCCUGUGUAUCCAGGAUUAAAUAAGAUGAAAACUAAAUGGAUAAAUCAGCAUCAUCCACAACAAGCAACAUCCACUAGUUAACCUAUAAGUCAGUCUGUCAAUUAAGAUGUUUGUAUGGUAAGAAUAUGAGAGUGUACAGUAUGUGACACAACAUAUGCUAUUUGUCUCUGCAGGGACGUUGUAAUGAAAAUGAAAAAUGUAUUUAAAAAACAAAACACCCUCAUCACAUGAAUGGCUUUUUGCUGUUAAAAAAUGCUUUUUCAUACAAUUCAAAUAAAUAAUGAUGAAGUAUCAUAAACCUAGACUGCUGUGAUAGUCUGAAUUAAGCAUGUCAUACAUUUUUGACGCAUAACCUUUAGAUACACAUUAACUUUAUCAAAAGAUGUUCUGCCAGGCGAGCUACGAAGAAAAAACUUUUUCAACU